CAAAUUCUUUCCACGCACAAUUCUGCACCCGUCAUGGAAUUCUGGAUAACCUGAAAAAUAGAACACAUGGAAACAAAUGAGUUUGACAAUGGAACCUAUAGUAAAUCAUAUAAACAUCGCUUCCUUUUUUUUUCUUUGAUUCUUUCGUAACAACCAUGAGUGAAAAAGAAAUUAAGACAGAUUUUGUAGACUAUGAGAGUGGACUACAAGUGUCUGAUGAUGGUGAAAUAUACACCGAACCUACAGAAGAAGAUUACAAGAACCUUCGUGAAGUAGCAGACCGUAUUCCUAGAGCUGCUUACUUGGUUAUUUUAAUUGAAUUCUGUGAAAGAUUCACUUUUUAUGGUUUGACGGGUCCUUUUCAAAAUUACAUCCAAAACCCACCUCCUGAAAGCUAUCCCGCUGAAUUGCCUGGUGCAAUGGGACGAGGACAACAAACGGCUACUGCAUUAAAUACUUUCUUUCAAUUCUGGUGUUAUGUGACACCUAUUCUCGGUGCUAUUAUUGCUGAUCAAUACUGGGGCAAAUACAAAACUAUUUUGGUUUUUUCUUGCAUAUACUUUGUUGGUUUACUUGUCUUGACAUUGACCUCAAUUCCUGCAGCCAUUGAUUCAGGUGCUACAUUCCCUGGUUUCAUUGUUGCUAUUAUCAUCAUUGGCUUUGCUGCUGGUGGUAUCAAGUCCAACGUAUCCCCUCUUGUUGCUGAGCAAUAUGUUGUAAAGAAACCCUUUAUUCGUACCAUCAAAUCUAAAACUUCUUCUCGAUACACUGCUGAUGAAGGUGACCUUCCUACUUCUGGUGUUGCACCUUCAUUAAAUGAAACUCGUGUGAUUGUCUCUCCUCAAGCCACUUAUCAAAAGAUCUUCAAUAUGUUUUACUGGGGUAUUAACUGUGGUUCUCUUGCUGCUGUUACAACUAUUGUAAUCGAAAAGAAUUGCGGUUUCUGGCCCGCUUUCCUAUUACCUACUCUUUUUUUUGUUCCCUGUACCUUAGUUGUAUUGGCUGGUAAAAAGUUUUAUGUCAAGAAUCCUCCUCGUGGCUCCAUUUUUAUUGAAGUCUUUAAGGUCAUUCGUCUCUCUUUCAAACACGGUCUUGAAGGCACCAAACCUUCUAAGUUGGCACUAACCAAUCCAGAACUCACUCAAACUGUAACAUGGGAUGAUGUGUUUGUAGACGAAUUGAGACGUACUUUUAGAGCCUGCGCUGUAUUUUGUUGGUAUCCUAUUUACUGGCUUUGCUAUUCCCAAAUGAACAGUAACAUGGUCUCUAUGGUAGCUACUACGCAGACCGGUGAUGUGCCCAACGAUAUCAUGCAAAAUAUCAAUCCUUUGACUCUUAUUAUCAUUAUUCCCAUUAUGGAUCGUUUUGUUUACCCUGGUUUCCGCAAAAUCGGUCUUCCUCUUCGUCCCAUCAUGCGUAUUACUCUUGGUUUUGUCUUUGCAGCCGCUGCUAUGGCUUAUGCAGCUGGUAUUCAAACACUUAUUUACAAUACGGGUCCUUAUUACGAAAGUCCUAGCGGUGCAAACAAGAAUGAUGUGAGCGGUGGCCUUACUAUUCCUGCUUAUGUCCUGAUUGGUAUCUCUGAAGUUCUUGCUUCAGUCACUGGUCUUGAAUAUGCUUACAAGAAGGCUCCUGAAAAGAUGAAGUCCUUGGUCAUGGCUAUGUUCUUGUUUAUGAACUGUUUUGGUUCUGUUCUUGGUUUUGCACUUGUGUCUGUCGCUAUUGAUCCUAAACUGAAAUGGAUGUAUACCGGUAUUGCUUUUGCUAUGGGUAUCUGUGCUCCUCUUUUCUACUACUGUCACGGAAAGAACGAUGCUACUGAUAUUCAAGAAGAUGCUAUUGGUCGACAUAACACAAAGCUUGUUGAAGAUGUUGAAUACGAAGCCAAAUAAUAAUCCUCUAAUUACCUCUAAUCACUUUGUAUCAUAAUACUUACACAUAUCACUAAUAGAACAAGCCGAUGAACUUGAGUUAUACAUAAAAGUCGUCAAUGAGGUGUAUUCUAGCUUUAUAUACUACAUGAUUGAUGUUGUGCAUCAAAGUGUGAGCACUUGUUUAGAACAUUAUGAAGGUGCAUUUAUUAUGUUUUGGUAUUAUAAAAAACAUUG